UAUCGCUUGUUGUUGGCAGGUUUGUAUCCUGUCGAGUUCCGAGACUUCUUCCUCGGCGAUAUCUGGUGCUCUUUGACCUACUCUGCAGCUGUAAGUGGUUACUUUCAUCAAGCUCAGUAAUUCGCUCAGUCUGCUAAUCCUACCUAGAACAUUCCCAUGUUCUUCUGUCUGUAUGCGAAUGAGUGGGAUCAGCCGGGUAUGUGUAACUCUAGCCACUCCCGGCUUCAAGGUUUCUUCAAUGCCUUGCCCCCCAUUUGGCGUGCUCUGCAGUGUAUCAGGCGUUACCACGAUACGAAGAAUGUGUUUCCGCAUCUUGUCAACUGCGGAAAGUACAUCAUGACCAUCACCACCGCUGUUAUACUCAGCUUGUAUCGCCUCAAUCAUUCGCAACCGAUCCUGGCUGCCUACAUCACAUUCGCGACCAUCAACGCCUGUUAUACUAGUGAGUAGUUUAAUCUUCUUUAUUUGUGUGAUACGCGACUGACAUC